AUGAGAUCAUUUUCAUUUGAACGUGUACUUGAACAACAUAUUGAGUUUCUUAUUGAACGUAUAAGUAUCAAUCCAAUAUUACAAAAUAUUUGUAGUACAUUUCUUACAAAUCCUGCAACUAUGAAUAAAACUGGACAAAUUUUGGUUAAAUAUUUAUUAACAAAAUUGCCAGAUUUGGGAGCAAAUAAUGAUAAGGCUACACUUUAUUUAAAAUUGUUUAAACUUGUAUUUCAUGCAAUUUCUUGUUCAUCAAAUAAUUCCGAUUGUGAUACUAUUUUAAAGCCUUUUCUUCAUCAAAUAAUUCAACAAUCAAUGCAAUAUGCUUUAGAAGCACGUGAAUCUACCAACUAUUUUCUUCUUUUGCGAGCAUUGUUUAGAUCAAUAGGAAGUGGAACACAUGAACAAAUGUAUCAUCAAUUUCUUCCUCUAUUACCUUCAAUAUUACAACAAUUGAAUCGUCUUCAAAAUGGAUCUCAUUUACAAUCAAUUCAUGAACUUUUUGUUGAAUUAUGUUUAACAGUUCCUGUACGAUUAUCUUCACUUUUACCUUAUUUACCUCUUUUAAUGGAUCCUUUAGUUUGUGCUUUAAAUGGUUCUCCAACAUUAGUUCAACAAGGAUUACGUACACUUGAACUUUGUGUUGAUAAUUUACAACCUGAAUAUUUUUAUGAUCAUAUGCAACCUGUACGUGCUUCAUUAAUGAAAGGUUUAUGGCAUUGUGUAUCUCAUGGUGAUUCUCAUUCAUCAUUAACUGCUUUUAGAAUUUUGGGUAAAUUUGGUGGAUCAAAUAGAAAAAUACUUUUGGAUGCUCAAAAUAUACAAGAUUUUAAUAAAAUAAAUAAAAAUGAAGAAAAAUUGCCAAAAAUAAUUUUACCAUUUAAUAAAAUUCAAAUUGAAAAUAAUAAUGAAGAAUUAGUAAAUAAUGAAGAAUUAAUUCAAUGUACUGUUGAUUUGAAUCAAAUUGUUAAUUCUGCUUGUAAAAUAUUGAGAAACCAAACAACAACAACUUCAAAUUCAUAUAAUCAACUUGCUGCAGCAAAUUUAUUAAAAUUUGUUUUAUUAAAAAUUUUUUCUAUUGAAAAAUCAUCAAUUAAAAAUUCUUCCCAAUUUGUUGACAAUAUUUCUAAGAAAUUUGAUGAAAAAUCAACUAAAAUGUAUAUUAUUUGUUCUGAUUCAAAUUCAAGAGAAUUGGCAAUAAAUGCUUUAAAAGGAAUUUUUAUUUGUGUUUUUAAUGUUGAAACAAGAGAAAAAUUUUUAGAAUUUUUUAAAGUUGUUAUUAAAUAUUUAACUAUAAAUGGAAUUUUUGAGGGAAAUGAUAGGAAAGAUCAUUUUUCAAUGGAUUCAUUUGUAUUAAUUGAUGUAAUAGCCCAAACAUUGUCUGAUCCUUGUAAAGAUUAUUGUCAUGCUGCUAUUCUUGCUUUACGUAUAAUUAUUGACACAUUAAAUAUUAUUUAUGAACAAAAUGUUGAAAAAAUUUGUCAAUUUCCAUUAUUUGAAUAUUUAUUUGAAAAGAUUACAUUACUCUGUUAUAGCUGUGAAUGGUUUUCUAAACUUGGAGGAUGUACUGCUUUAAGGCUUAUAAUUGAAUAUUAUCCUCCUUUAUUAGUACAAAAAUAUUGUAUUAAAAUUGUUGAAGCUUGUAUUCAAAUGAUUUCUGAUUUAUCAAAUGAACUUUCUAGUGGUGCUUUAGAUUAUUCUUCAAAAACUAUAGAUUUACUUUUAAAUGUUUGUUUUCCAAAUAAUUCUAAUUCAACUGUAUCAAUUGAUUUAUUAAAUCAAUUUGUAUCAAAAUUAAUAAAUUUUAUUGAUGAUCCAGAUUAUAUUUUGAGAAAAGAGAUUUUUCGAUUAAUCUGUUCUUUAUCUUCUCGAACAAAUUUACCUCUUUAUUCAAUUUUAAAAAAUUUUAAAGAAUCUUUGAGAACAAAAAUUUUGGAGUCUAUAAGAGAAUUUGUUACAAUUUCUGAAAAGAGUAAAAUUGCUGGAAUUGAUCUUUUUAUUUUUUGUUCAAAAAUUGAUGAAUUUAAUAUUGAUAUUCCUCUUUAUGAAUGUAUGAUAUUUGCUAGAAAUCUUCUAAAAAUUUGCUCUUCUAUUAGCAAUGAUGAUUUUUCUGGUGAAGCAACAAAAGAAUUUGAAUCACUUCGAAAUAUUGCAUUGAAAGCCCUUAUUCUUCUCUAUUUUAAUAUUGCUUCAUAUUCCAAAUCAAUUGUUUCUUCAAUACAAAUUCCAAAAUUUUUGCAUCAUCAAAAACAACAACAAAUUUUGUUGGAACAAAUAUUUCAAACAAUUUUUGAGAAUGCUAUAAUAAUGAAAAAUGAAAAUAAAUUAAAGGAAGAAGCUUGUGAAUGUAUUGGGAAGAUUCUAGAAGAAUAUAAUAAUUCUGAAAAUAUUUUUUAUAUAAACCAAAAACUUGAAGAUAUUAUUAAUAAUUUUGUUAACAAGAAAUUGGAAAUUUCAACAACAUUUUUCAAUAAAAUUAAUUUUUUGAUUAAAUAUUCUACUAGAAAUUUUAAAAUGGAAGAAUUGGAAUUAAUAAUGAAGGAUGUUCUUAUAUUAAUUGAUGCUUCUUUAUCUUCAAAUAGUUUAAACAUUGUUGAUGUUGAAUGUAUUUCUAAUGCUUUACAAUUUUUUACCCAUGUCAAUUAUUUGGAUCAACAAUUGUUACAAAAAUUAUUUUUAUUUUAUUCUGAAUGUUUAUCUAUUUUUACAACAAAGAAUAUUACUUGGCAAAAUGAUUAUUUUUCUUACUUGUCUAAAUUUUCAAGUGAUUUUUAUCCUAUAACAAUUUUAACAAAGGAAGUAUUUAAUAAUGAUUUUGCUACAAAUUUUCUUGUGUUACUUACAAGUAUGGAAGAUGCAACAAAUUUUAGACUUUGUAUAGCUGAUAAUUUAUCAAUUUUGCAACAAUUUACAGAUGAAUUACUUGAGCAUAAUAAUGAUAAGAUUUCUAAUGUUAUGAACAAAAAAUUUAUGCUUAAUUUUCUUCGUUUCCUUUCAACAUUUUUUGAGAAGCAUAAUCUUUUAAACGAUAGCAAUGAUUUUUCUAAUAAUUAUAUUCAAUUGUGGAAUGAUAUAAUAUUUUCAAUAAGGCAAUUAUGGCUUUCAGAAAAUUUUCAGAAUAGUCAUUCUGUUGGGCAAAUUUUCCCAGACGAAGAAGCUGCCAAUUUAUUAUCAACUUUACCACAGGAGGAAGAAGAAGAAACAUUUUUUAUACCACCAAAAAUUUUGGAUGAAAAUAAAUUUGAUAUUCCAAUUUAUUGUGCUCGUAUAAUUUUAACUAAAUUAAAAUUUUUAUUGGCUUUACAAACAACUGUUGAAAAUUCUGAAAUUUUAUCGUCUGAAGAUGAAAUAAUUGAUUUAUUAUAUGAUUUGACUUUUGCAUUUGUUCGAAAUUAUGCUUCAGAUUUUUUAUUUUUACAACAAUUUAUUGAAGAGGAAAUUGUGCCGAAAAUUUCUUUAUCUCUUUGUCGUGCUACCUUCUUCAAAGUUAUCAACCUUCUUAAAUCUGACCCAAAAAAUGGACAUUCAAUGCAUUUGGUACGUUUUAUGCAAUAUAUUGUUGCUCCUUCAUUUUCUUUUGCUUUUGAUAAUUAUGAAAUUGAUUUGGUUGUUGGUGGUGUUCCUCUUCCACAAACAUCUGAAUUAUCAUCAGAUUCUCCAUCAACAUCAAUGAUAGAUGAUGAUCAAAAACAUUCACAACAAAACAAUAUUGUAUUAAUUUUAUGCCGUGAAGUAAUUCAAAAAGCAACAUCAGAUCGAACAUCUUUAAGUCAUACAUUAGUUAUUGUUAUGUAUCUUUUUUGUUCUUUAUUUGUUCAAAAAUGUUCAACACAUAUUUAUGAUGCUUCAAAAAAGCAACAAGGAAAUAAACAAGAAUUGGGUAAUCUUCGACCUUUUAUGCUUUUUGGUUGGCCUUCUUUACAACAAAGUUUUCGUGGUGAUUUAACAGAAAAAUAUGCUGGCCUUUUUCUUAUUGCAAACAUUGUUGAUAAAUUUUUAAUUAAUCGGACAAUAAUUUUACAAGUUUUGAAUAGCUUAAUACAAGCAUAUCAACAGGAUAAUAAAGAAAUGGUUCGUAAAUCUUUGGAUAUUUUAAUCCCAGCAGUAACUAGACGUAUGACUGAUGGUUAUUCACAAUUAAAAGCUUUAAUUAAAAAAGUUAUGAUUGAAGAAACUAAACAAUAUGGAUUACAAAUUAUACAUUGCUUGUAA